AUGGAGGAAAAAUACUGCAGGGACGUGCUAGGCGGCCCAGGCGGCGGUGGCGGUGGUCUCGGGCCGGUGGACGUGACCAGCGCUCGAUUAAUGAAAUAUAUCGUGUUACUGUGUUUCACUAAAUUUUUGAAGGCUGUGGGACUUUUUGAAUCAUAUGAUCUUCUAAAAGCAGUUCACAUUGUUCAGUUCAUUUUUAUAUUAAAACUUGGGGCUGCAUUUUUUAUGGUUUUGUUUCAAAAGCCAUUUUCUUCUGGGAAAACUAUUACCAAACAUCAGUGGAUCAAAGUAUUUAAACAUGCAGUUGCUGGGUGCAUCAUUUCACUCUUGUGGUUUUUUGGCCUGACUCUUUGUGGACCACUAAGGACUUUGCUGUUAUUUGAACACAGUGAUAUUGUUGUCAUCUCACUACUCAGUGUUUUGUUCACUAGUUCUGGAGGAGGACCAGCAAAGACAAGGGGGGCUGCUUUUUUCAUUAUUGCUGUGAUCUGUUUAUUGCUUUUUGACAAUGAUGAUCUCAUGGCUAAAAUGGCUGAACACCCUGAAGGACAUCAUGACAGUGCUCUAACUCACAUGCUCUACACCGCCAUUGCCUUCCUAGGUGUGGCAGAUCACAAGGGUGGAGUAUUGCUGCUAGUACUGGCUCUGUGUUGUAAAGUUGGUUUUCAUACAGCUUCCAGAAAGCUCUCUAUAGAUGUAGGUGGAGCCAAACGUCUUCAAGCUUUAUCCCAUCUUGUUUCUGUGCUUCUCUUGUGCCCGUGGGUUGUUGUUCUUUCUGUGACAACUGUGAAAAUGGAAGUUUCCAAAUGUGCCUGCUAUGGAUCCUUUCCUAUCUUUAUCAGUGCUCUCCUUUUUGGAAAUUUUUGGACACAUCCAAUAACAGACCAGCUCCGAGCUAUGAACAAAGCAGCACACCAGGAGAGCACUGAGCAUGUCCUAUCUGGAGGAGUGGUAGUGAGUGCUAUAUUCUUCAUUUUGUCUGCCAACAUCUUAUUGUCUCCCUCUAAGAGAGGACAGAAAGAUGGAUUUCAUAUGCUCUUUGACUGCUCUGCUUUGGUCAUGGGACUUUUUGCUGCGCUGAUGAGUAGAUGGAAAGCCACUCGGAUUUUUUCCUACGGGUAUGGCCGAAUAGAAAUUCUCUCUGGAUUUAUUAAUGGACUUUUUCUAAUGGUAAUAGCUUUUUUUGUGUUUGUGGAGUCGGUGGCUAGAUUGAUUGAUCCUCCAGAAUUAGACACACACAUGUUAACGCCAGUCUCAGUUGGAGGGCUGAUAGUAAACCUUAUUGGUAUCUGUGCCUUUAGCCAUGCCCAUAACCAUACUCAUGGAGUUUCUCAAGGAAGUUGUCACUCAUCUGAUCACAGCCAUUCCCACCAUGUCCACAGCCACAGUGAUCAUGGGCACGGUCACAGCCACGGAUCUGCAGGUGGAGGCAUGAAUGCUAACAUGAGGGGUGUAUUUCUGCAUGUUUUGGCAGACACGCUUGGCAGUAUUGGUGUAAUCGUAUCCACCAUUCUUAUAGAACAGUUUGGAUGGUUCAUUGCUGAUCCUCUCUGUUCUCUUUUUAUUGCUAUAUUAAUAUUUCUCAGUGUUAUCCCAUUGAUUAAAGAUGCCUGUCAGGUACUGCUUCUGAGACUGCCACCAGAAUAUGAAAAGGAACUACAUAUUGCUUUAGAAAAGAUACAGAAAAUUGAAGGCUUAAUAUCAUAUCGAGACCCUCAUUUUUGGCGUCAUUCUGCCAGUGUUGUGGCAGGAACAAUUCAUAUACAAGUAACAUCCGAUGUGCUGGAACAGAGAGUAGUACAGCAGGUUACAGGAAUACUUAAAGAUGCUGGAGUAAACAAUCUAACAGUUCAAGUGGAAAAAGAGGCAUACUUUCAACAUAUGUCUGGUCUCAGUACCGGAUUUCAUGAUGUUCUGGCUAUGACAAAACAAAUGGAGUCCAUGAAAUAUUACAAAGAUGGUACUUACAUCAUGUGAGACAACUCAAGAAUUACCCCUGUGUAUGAAUAAUGAAGAUUACAUGAAGGAAGAAAAUUGCACAUAAUUGCACAGGAACAUUU